GCCUAGUCGUUUCAGUGUUGGGCGUUUUCAUUAGAUUUGUAGAGCAAUUUUAAACUUUCAGAAUAUUUCAGUAACUGCUGAUCAUCAGAAUGGUGCGAAAAACAAAAAACAUCCCUGAGCUGUGCUUCAGGCUGUCAGGAUCGCCAAGGCUGGCUACAUACUGAAUGGUUCUCAAAUCUUUACCCAUUUUAAAAACGUGGGAGAACUCGGACAUGAGGACUGAUUUUUAACGUUAUAUCUCUCCGAACAUACACACUAGAUGAUUCGACCAGACCGGGAGAUCACACACACACACCCAUGCUGUUUGUGGUAAAGAUUUCACAUUGCCGAUUUCACAGACAAGACAUUUCACAUGAUCAAACGUGACCUUAAGACAAAUAGUUUUGCAGCAAAAAGAAUAUGGGUGAAAUCCUGGUUGAGAAGACAGGAUUAGGUUUGAUGCACUGCCAUGUUGUUAAGCUGUAAAAGUAUUCCACAUGUUGGUGAUCGCUUACCAGGAUGCUCGCUCUCGUUGGCUGUCGUGGGUAUUCCGACAGUAUCAGGAACCGUAAAGAUCUAAGAGGCUCCAACUUGAUUAGGAGCAGUAAAAUAAUCAUAUUUACACCACACACUUGAGGAUUAGACAGACAAAUAAUUAGCUGUGACAAAGCCUCAAAUCGGGCCACACCCAAAUCAUCUGUCUAAUGUGUUGCACAAAUAAACACUCUGUACAACCGUAGUCAUGAGAAAGGAAGCUCAACACGUCGAGGCUGAUGGGCUACAACAGCAGAAGACCACCUGAAGUCCUGGACAGACAAGGAAGUCCGGCUACACAGGAAAAAGGAUGGCCGAGGCACAUCAGGCCGUAGCGUUCCAGUUCACUAUAACCGCAGAAGGUAUAGACCUGCAGCUUUCUCACGAGGCCCUGAGACAGGUUUAUCUCUCUGGACUCCGCUCGUGGAAAAAGCGCACGGUUCGCCUGAAGAAUAAUGUGAUCACAGGUGUGUAUCCUGCCAGCCUGUCCUCCUGGCUCUUUGUGGUCAUAGCAAUCCUGGCCACCAUGUACACACGCUCUGACCCGUCCAUGGGCCUCAUCGCUAAGAUCCAGGAGCACCUGCCAGUCAGCGGUUCUUUAAGCCCACAGUGUCGGACUGUGGUCUCAGCUGUGGUGUUCAGCACUCUGCUGUGGCUCUCCCUCAUCUUCACCAUGAAGCUGUGUCUGAAGCAGCUGCUCUCGUACCACCGCUGGAUGUUCGAGCAGCAUGGCAACGUGUCUACCACCACCAAGAUCUGGGUGAUGUUGGUAAGGAUCUUCUCUGGACGUCAGCCUCUGCUGUACAGCUAUCAAGGAUCUCUGCCUAAUCUACCAGUACCUGCUGUCAAAGACACCAUCAAAAGGUAUUUGGAGUCAGUGCGUCCCUUGAUGACCGACUCGGAGUUCGAGAGAAUGGCGAGUCUAGCAAGAGACUUUGAGCUCAAUCUCGGGAAUCGGUCCCAGUGGUACCUCAAGCUCAAGGCCUUGUGGGCCUCCAACUACGUGAGCGACUGGUGGGAGGAGUACAUCUACCUCAGAGGCCGCAGCCCCAUCAUGGUGAACAGCAACUACUAUGGCAUGGACUUCAUGUUUGUGACCCCGACUCCGAUCCAGGCAGCCAGAGCUGGAAACACGCUGCACGCUCUCCUUCUCUACCGCAGGAAGCUAAACAAAGAAGAACUCAAACCUAGCCGUAUACCUGGCACUUUCAUUCCUCUAUGUGCGGCUCAGUGUGAGAGGCUGUUCAACACCACACGAACCCCAGGAGUGGAAACGGACACUGUGGUGCACUGGAACGAUAGUGAGCACGUGGCCGUGUACCACAGGGGCCGAUUUUUUCGUCUGUGGCUCUACCAGGCAGGCAGGAUGCUCAAGCCACGUGAGAUCGAACAGCAGAUCCAACGUAUCCUGGAUGACAAGUCUGCUCCAGCACCGGGCGAGGAGAAACUGGCAGCUUUAACUGCAGGGGAAAGAAUUCCAUGGGCUGAAGCCAGGAAGAAGUUCUUCAGCUCUGGCGUCAACAAGAGAUCUCUGGACUGCAUUGAGAAAGCUGCGUUCUUCGUCACUCUGGAAGAAGAGGAGCAAGGCAUGAUGGGAGACGACCCUGACGCUAGUAUGGACCGUUAUGCCAAGUCUCUCCUUCAUGGAAAAUGUUACGACAGGUGGUUUGAUAAGUCGUUCACCGUCGUGAUGUAUAAGAACGGGAAGAACGGCCUGAACGCUGAGCACUCCUGGGCAGACGCUCCAAUCGUCUCCCACAUGUGGGAGUAUGUCCUGACCAUGGACAGUUUUCAGUUGGGGUAUAAUCAAGAGGGACAUUGCAAAGGUGACUGUAAUCCGUCUCUGCCCCCCCCACAGCGAUUGUCCUGGGACAUUCCUUCAGAGUGUCAGGAGCGUAUCUCUCAGUCUCUCUCGGUAGCGCAGGCGCUGGCCGAUGACGUCAACUUUCACGUUUUCGCCUUUCGUGAUUUCGGAAAAGGCAGUAUCAAAAAGAUCCGCAUGAGCCCCGACGCCUUCAUCCAGUUAGCUCUUCAGCUGGCCUACUACAGGGACAGAGGGAUGUUCUGUCUGACGUACGAGGCGUCGAUGACACGUCUGUUCCGUGAGGGCCGAACUGAAACCGUGCGCUCGUGUACCAGUGAGAGCUGUGCCUUUGUCAAAGCCUUUCAAAAUGGAGAGCCGGUGGAUGUGUGCAGGCGUCUUUUACGCACGGCGGCUGAGAAGCAUCAGAUGCUCUACCGGCUGGCCAUGACAGGAGCUGGAAUAGAUCGACACCUCUUCUGCCUCUACGUCGUCUCAAAAUACCUGGGUGUCGAGUCGCCCUUCCUGAAAGAGGUGUUGUCUGAGCCGUGGCGUCUCUCCACCAGUCAGACUCCCUUCCAGCAGGUGGAGCUGUUUGACCUCGUGAAUCACCCCGACUACAUCACCUGUGGAGGAGGAUUUGGACCUGUCGCGGACGACGGAUACGGCGUGUCUUACAGCAUCAUUGGAGAGAAGAUCAUCAGCUUCCACAUCUCCAGCAAGCGCUCGUGUCCUCAGACCGACUGCCAUAAGUUCGGGGUGCAGCUCAGAAAAGCGCUGUGCGAUCUCUUGAAGCUGAUGACGGACGAUAAGCAAGAGGUGCCACAGAGCGAGCAGAACCACACCGCAAAGAAAGAGCUGUAGAGAGGAGAGGGGGGUUCAUUCAGAACAGGAAGAAUUUUUGUUUUGUUUUUGACAAAUUUGUUUGUUAUUUUUCCCCCUAUUGAAUGUGUGUGUGUGUGUGUGUGUGUGUAAGUAUGUGGUGUGUGGUAGAAUGAUGCAAGGGACCAGAGGCAGGAUAGAAUUACAGAUGCAUUAAGAGAUGACUUUUUAGACGAGGAGGAGAAGGAGGAGGAUAAAGAAGUGAUGCGGUGAUGCGGUCCUGUCUUAAAUGCCUUAAGUGUUCAGCAGGUAGGGAUUUACUAGCUGCAGCUAGGGUCCAACGUUCUCCAGUCCAGUUCAGCUCAGCAUCUUCUUUUUCUUUCUUUUAGCAUUAAAGCGAAAAACAACCUAUUUGAAAACAUCACCAAAAAAUAAACAAGUGUGAUUGCGAAAACGGACAAGAAGGGCUUAGCUAGCUACUAGUCCUGCAUGCAAAUUAUUAGCUUUGUGCAAAAGCAUACAGAUAGUGUAUCAUUUACACCGCUACCGUUAUGCUUCAUUUCACUGCAUUCAUUUCUGCUUUCUGCAUCUUUUAAGCUUCCUGUGUAAAAAUAUCAGUGCUGCUCAAACGAUAAUGUCCGUGAGGUCCAGCUAAUACUAAAGCCUAGCGAACGCUGAUCGAAAGCCCAACCUAAAUCGGACCUACAUCAGAUUUCGACUUCAAGGAGUGACGGCGCCGCAUCGCCGGGGCUCACAUGACCGCGACAAGGACGAUUAUUAAGAACACAAAAGAAAUGUUUUUUGUUUGUUUGUAUGUUUGUUUUUUCAGGUCAUGAACAAUUCAAACCUCACUCACACACUGGAAUGUACAAUUCUACAUCUAUGUAAAUCUUGAAACGGAUUCUCUACAUAGGGUUCAACGUUAACACGGUGCAAUCGGUGAGCGAACUAGUUUACAGGUCGUUUAGGAUACACUUAGAUAUUAGACCUCACCUUUCGGGUGCGAUGAACACGUCGCUCCGAACCAUUUUUUUUACUUGAAUGCUGACGUCUUUUUUCCCUCACACUUUUUCCACACGUUUUCUUUGCUGAUGAUGAUAAUGAUACUGGGCCACACGAUGAUUCGGUAUGAACAAAACCGUGCAGCUGCUCAACUCGAAUCUUUAUAGACAAAUGCAUGACAUGACGGCUAUUUAUCAUAAAAGAGUCACGGAUAGAUCACGCCUGAAGGGAACGCGGUCGCACAAUCCGAACCGUUCGGUUGUCUCAGUGACGGCGUGGUUUGUUUUGUUUUUUUGUUUUUUGUUUUUUAAUAAAUGGCUUGAAUGAAGAUUUCUAAUUUCAGGAUCUAAGAAAGCUCAGACUGAAGGUCAGGAAUCUGCAGAGUUUUUUAAACCAAGCAGCACUUUUGAUUGCCAGUGAGACUGUUUAUUUUCUUCACAUAGGAUCCUACAAUGGGGAUUUAUUAUUAUUAUUUUCAUUAUUAUUAUUAUGACUACACUAAAAGUUUUUUCCACUUAAUACUUUUACCUUUCUCAUCUUAUGAACUUAACAACCACUGACUUGACUCGUUGCUGUUCUUGUUGUUAUGUGUGAUGUUUAUUCGAUGAUGUCCAAACUAACACCUAAAAACAAUAUGAAUAUCUGUAAUGUAUCUAGCUCACUCCUGGACACUCUCUAUUUAGAAUGAGCUUUUCUUCUUCUUCUUCUUCUUCUUCUUCUUCUUCUUUUUUUAAAACCCAAGCACUUAUCCCUUUUUCUCGGGCCAGUAGUUUGCGCCCCGUCUUUUUGUCUCCUAUCGCUUUCGUGUUUUCUGCAGUAGCGUGCAAGUCUUUCUCGCUCUCUUUGGCCUCACUAUAGCAAGUGUCUGUAUUUUAUACGUCUUUAUUGGAAAAAAAAGUGAAACCUCCUGAAAUCUUUUUUUUUUUUAAUAAAAAGAGAUCGAAGCACAC